AUGGCUACGAAGCUUCAGGUCGGGUCAGUCGCGAAUUUACACCGAGAAAGCAGACGACCUAUUUUAGGUGAGGGCGCCAAAAAAUACGGCCUGACCUACAACAGGUUGGGUCAGGAACUACUGGAGAAGAAGCUACAAGAUCUAAUUAACAUGACAUGGCUUAGGUCUAACGAUGAUAUAUCAAAGAGUACGACAGGCGAACCUUAUACAAGAAAUGAAAUGAUAAUCUUAGAAGAUUCAGAUUUGUAUGCAGUUAUUAAUUGUUUAAUAAUAACAGACCAUUUUCCUUUAUAUAAAAUAUGGGUGCAAAAACGAGUGCAUGAGAAAUUUGUAUGGCUCAUGAAGAAUUAUCGUUCUACAUUAUCCAUAACUAUUGAUACAUUUCAAUCAGUGAAAGAUAUUCAAUUUCUUCCAUAUGACAACAUAAUAAGUAUAGUAUCCAUAUGGUCGGAAGAUAUUGUAGCUGCGAAGAAUUUAGCAUUAUCUAUAAAUAGUCAUGUAGUAUUCAUAAAUACAUAUAUGGAUUUCUACGGUAGUAUACUACUUUGGAUUUAUAAACACAUAUCUAUGCAAUCUCGAAGGAAUACUGAAUGGGUGAUGAAUAAUAUUACUCACCAAAAUGAACCAAUUAUUCAAAAUCAAGAAUCUAGUACGAAUGUAGUACAUUUGUCAUCUAUCAUAAAAAUAAACGACAUUUCUGUUGGUAAUCUUUUUUAUGAUGGUGCGUGGCAAAAACCUAUAAAAAGCAUGUAUUGGAAGCAUAAUGACAGUUUCUGGGCAAAUGCAACACACACCGAUAUAAAAAAAUGCUAUCAAUCUGCUAACAAAGGAUUCAAAACUUGGAGUAAUAUGUCUAUGAAGGCUAGAAUACAAAUAUUAUCUAGAUUUAUAUCCAUAUUAAAACUUAAUGGCAAAUUUGUAUUAGCAGCUAUAGUAGAAAGGUGGAUGAGAUUCCCAUAUCUCUAUGAAAGUAUACGAGGACACAUUGAAAAUGAUAUGAUAGAAAUAUUACAAACUCAUAUUCCAUUAGGUGUUAUCAUACUUAGGGAGGAAAAUGAAAACAUUUUAUUUUUCCGAUUAAUGCAAACUUUAAUUGCUGGUAAUUCUGUCAUUGUAAUGUUUGAUGCAAACUUCUGUAAUCUGUCAUCACAUUAUGACAUGUUUUCGAAGUGUGGAAUACCUCCAGGUGUUAUAAAUUUAUUAUCACAUGAAAACACAAGUACGUUGGAAUUUAAAUUAUGCUUAGAAGAUUAUGCAACCUAUGCAAAUAGAUAUUUCUUGAAAGGCACUUCGAAAGAAGCAUAUGUUCUUCCAUUUAAAAGACUUACUAUAACAAAACGGAUUAUAAUCCCUCUUCAAUAA